AACUAGAACUCAGAACCAGAUGCUUCUCAGAGGCAGGGAAAAGCCAGAAUGAACCCUGCCCUGCUGAUCGCACCGUGGGCACCACGUGCUUUCCUUGUUUGUUUCCUUUUGGGAAGAGCAGAAGCCCCCCUGGUCCGACACUUUGAAAACACGUGGCUGAUCGUGGAUAGAUUUCAUUGCCCAGGAAGUUCAAGGUCGUGGUUCACUGACACACGUGUCUUGUGACCCGCGUCCUGACCUCUCAGCCCAUCCACAGAAAGCUAGCUCUGCUCCCGGGGGUCAACGCUGCCAGAUUCUUUCUAACUCUCCCCUUUACAUUGAUCCUUAGCUGUGUAUUCAUUAGAUAUCUGGGGAAACUGAGGCAAGGGGAAGGGGUUGGCCCCCUUCGAGUCCAGAUUAGAAAUCAUGUGCCUCGCCCCCAGUACCAGAAUGGGGGGAAAGCGGCUUCCAGUCUUCCAAGACUACCGAGCGCUCGUCCUAGAAAGACUUUGUCUACUCUCGAGCGGAGGAGGUGGGCGGGGUUUAGCUUCAUUGUUCUUCCGGGGUGGCGAGCCUCGCCUGGCUCCUUUCCUUCCGGGUUUGGGGCGAGCGUGUUACCUUCUCCUCCCGUCCAGCCCCCCUCCCUUGUCCGCUGGGCGGCCACUACCACCGCCACCGCUGACAGGAUGAGUUUUCUGAAGAGCUUCCCUCCGCCGAGCCCAGAAGAUGGGCUUCGGCAGCAGCAGCCCGACACCGAAGCGGUGCUGGACGGCAAGGGCCUGGGCACUGGCACCCUCUACAUCGCUGAGAGCCGCCUGUCCUGGUUAGAUGGCUCUGGAAUAGGAUUUUCUCUGGACUAUCCCACCAUCAGCUUACAUGCUGUUUCCAGGGACCUAAAUGCCUAUCCACAAGAGCACUUAUAUGUUAUGGUCAAUGCUCGAUUUGGAGAGGAAGAACCAAAAGAACUCAAAGAAACUCCAAUGGCAGAAGGGGAAGAAGAUGAAGACAGUGAUGAAGAUAUUGAACCAAUUGCUGAGUUCAGAUUUGUACCGAGUGAUAAGUCAGCAUUGGAAGCAUUGUUUGCUGCAAUGUGUGAAUGUCAAGCUUUACAUCCAGAUCCUGAGGAUGAAGAUUCAGAUGAUUAUGAUGGUGAAGAAUAUGAUGUGGAAGCACAUGAACAAGGACAGGGGGAUAUUCCUACAUUUUAUACCUAUGAAGAAGGAUUGUCUCAUUUAACUGCAGAAGGACAAGCUACUCUGGAACGAUUGGAAGGAAUGCUUGCUCAAUCUGUGAGCAGCCAAUACAACAUGGCCGGAGUAAGGACAGAAGACUCAAUUAGGGAUUAUGAAGAUGGAAUGGAAAUAGAUACCACACCAACUGUUGCUGGACAGUUUGAGGAUGCAGAUGUUGAUCAUUGAAGAUUACUUAUAUUGAGAUUAGAUUCCACAUAUUACUGAAGGAGGGAACUUUCUAUUUUUCCACAGUGGAGAGGCAGGAGAAAAAAACACCUUUUUCUCCCUCUGCAAAAAUGACUUAAACCAGUUCUUUCUUCAGACAGACUUGUACUGAGGCCAUAUGAAUCUCCACCAGCAGAAGCUUACAGUCUUUAUUAACAGAAGUGGCUGAAUUCACCCGAGAGGAUAUUUGUAGCUUAUUGACUCAAGAAUCCCACACCCAGUUGCAGUCAUCUAGGCCUGUAAUCCUCAUCUCGCAGUAUUCAUCUUCUGUAAGACAAGAGGACCACAUGGUGCCGGGGUAUGGAAAAGAAUAGGAGGUAGGAGGAUGUGCAACCAGAAUAUACCAUAUACACACAUACAUAUGUACAUUGACAACAGGUAAAUGUGUGUGUGCAUAUGUGGCAGCACUUACUCCUUGAGAAGAGAUUAAGAGGUCUCAGAGGCUUGCCUCUGUUCUUUUGUACUCUAGAUCAAUCAGGUAACUACCCAUAGGGAAUAUCAAAGCCUGAUUAGCUUAUUCCUGCUUCUAUGAGUAGCCUAAUUAACUGUUCUACCACGUCCUACCGACCUCCAUUAACAUAAGCUGGGAUCUUCUGACAAGCUGUUGCUAUUUUCACAGUUCACGUUAAUCUGAAAAAUGAAUUUUAUAAUUCCAGUCUGUUGUGACAAAUUGGCCUCAAAAACUAUCCCCUCUUAGGUUCCUCUGAAGAUUUAGAGAGGAUGGGAUAAUUUCCUUAAAAUACUGCAGAUGAGAAUCCUUUUGUCUUUGUUACAACUAAAUAAAUAAAAUUAGGUUUUAUAUGUUA